UCCGUGUACAUAGCGUCCGCGAAUGCUUUGCUUUUUCAUUUCAAUUUAGAUUUCAAUCUGCAAUUUGCGUGGGUGUGUUUGGAUGGUCUUCUUAUUCUGUUAUAAACUACAAUUGGUGACGAGAUAAUGGGCACUGACACAUCAGCAGAGACCUCUGUGAUCAGCGACCGUAUUCUGGUGAUCGAGCCCGGCUCGUAUUUCCUGCGAAUCGGCCGCGCCACGGACGUGAACCCGGCGGUGCUGCCGCACGUGAUCGCGCGGCGCCGCAAACCCGGCGGGCUGGCGUACCAGGACCCGGUGCUGCCACCUGACGUCAAACUGACUCGCCAGCAGACGAUGGAGCUGGAGGAGACGCGACUGAGCGUGUCACAUACCCUGCAGUCGUGCCUUAAGUCAGAUGGAUCGGCCAGGUUCGCAGCUCCUCCCCAAAUGGUUGCCAGCUUCAACAAGAACUCACAGCCGGUGAAAACUGAGGACCGUGUGCCUGAGUGGACCCCCGGCGGCGCGGACUACGUCGUCGGCGAUCAGGCUCUAACGCUGGACCCGAGCGGUCCGUACAACAUUCACUUUCCGGUGCGGCGGGGCCGACUGAACGUGCACCCUGGCCCGGGCGGCUCCCUGACGGCCGUGAUGGCCGACCUGUAUACCAUCUGGCUGCACUGCAUCGAGCGGCUGCUGGGCAUCCAACGCUCCGCGCUCGAGACGUACCGGGCCGUGCUGAUUAUACCAUGCGUGUACAACCGUGCCGCGGUAAAGGCCAUGGUGGAGCUGCUGGUCAACGGGCUCGGAUUCGCCUCCUUCUUCCUGAUUCAGGACCACGUGGCAGCGGCGUUUGGCUCGGGCGUGCCCUCAGCCUGCGUGGUGGACGUCGGAGACCAGAAGACGUCCGUCUCCUGCGUGGAGGACGGCAUGUCCAUACGAGAGACGCGGAUUCACCUGGACUACGGCGGCAGUGACGUCACCCAGGUGUUUUACUGGCUGCUGCGCCGCAGCGCGUUCCCGUACAAGCAGUGUUCGCCCGCCUCUCGGCUGGAUGCGCUGCUGCUCCACAAACUUAAGGAGACCUACUGCCAUGUGGACCUGGACACGUGCGGCCCUCAGGAGCACACGUUCCGUGUCAGCAAGCCGCACCACCCGUCCCUGCAGUACACGCUGCAGUUGGGGGACGAGUGCAUCAUUGCACCGCUCAGCUACUUCAACGCGUCGCUGUUCCAGCUGACCGGCCCGAAGCAGUCGUGGCUGUACGACCCGUACCGGGGCGAUUCGGACGACCCGCUCGACACCGGCUACCUCCGAGAGACCGGGAGAAAGCGGGAGACGGCUGACACCGCCAGCGAGGCGGUGGACCAAUCGCAGCUCGACGAUGAGGUCGAUGCCUUAGAGCCCAGCCAAUCACAGGACAGCAAGGGCCAGAUCAAGAUAGACAAGCUGCUCAGCCUGGAUCAGGCCAUCCUUCACAGCGUGGAUCAGUGUGGCAGUGACGAGCUGAAGCGCAAGUUCUACUCGUGCGUGAUCGUGGUGGGCGGCGGCGCCAAGUUCACCGGCUUCGCCACCUGGCUCCGCAGCAGGCUCUCCCUGCAGAUACCCUACCAGUUCAGACCCGAGCACAUGGAGGUGGUGACUGAGCCGCGUGAGCAGGACCCAGAGGUGGUCGGCUGGAAGGGCGCCUGCAUCAUGGCCUGUAUGGAGUCUGCCGGCGAGCUGUGGAUCCGGCCGGCCGAGUGGCGCACACACGGCGUCCGCACACUCCGCGAAAAGGCCGCCUUCUACUGGUGAACAGAGCAGGCUGUGGUUCGGAGAAUGGACGGAAGGCGGCGCCAGUGGUGAGUGUUAUGUAGCGAUCUCGUGGAAAAGCUAGUGGUACCUGAUAACUGAAGUGUUGAACGAGUUAUUCUUUCGUGCUGUGCAUUUGUCGUCACUGUAUCGGGGACAAUGGGGCACAAACCUACUAUUCUAUUGGUUUGUAACUUUGUUAGUCUAUUUGCGUGAACAUGACACCGGCAAUUUUUCAAUGAUGCUCAGCAUAUUUGGUUGCCAAGUCUAUAUCGCUAUUUGAGUGCGUACCCGCCGAGUUGUUUGUUACGUAGUUUGGGUUUUGCUCAUAUGUACAUCGCCAUCAAUUAUAAGUGAAGUACUUCCACUGCCAUCACUAUCGCACGACUUUUUUAAGUGUUUUGUAGACUUGAUUUCAUUGUAGAAUGUGAUUGGAGCUCGCUGGCUACUGUUCUUUGCGAAACUGACAGUAUGUAAAUGCAUUUGAUUUUGAUAUAAAAUGUACCUGUUCAGA